AUGCUGCAUGGCUUCCAAGACCAGGGGCCCUCCAGCCAGGCUGGGUCAGAGAGGCUCUGCUUGGGCCCGGCCCGGAGGCAGAGCUGGAGCCGCUCUCCGCCUUUUGCUGGACGGGGGGACCGGCCAGCAGUGCCCUUGGGCACCUUCAGCGCUGCUGGGAGGCCAGGGCUGAGACACCGCCUGUGUUCUGCCAGCUCCAGGGGCAGCGUGGAGCCCCCCUGGGCUCAGGCUCCCCAGGGUCUGCUGCCCUGGGCCUGGGGUUCUCACCGUCUGGGGAGCCUCCAUGGAGGGAGGGAGGGCGGCUGGUGGGGGUCAGUCGGCAGGGACACGGACCAGCAGAGGGGAGGCUGCCCUUCUAGGCUCCGGAUGGCUCUGCCUGUCCUGCUGGCCUGA